CCAUAUCUCGCAGCAGCAGCCUCCCCCUUACGACUUUCCUCAGACCCUAUAAAUGAAAGAAAAAUAAUCAUAUUUUUCUCUUCACCUUUCAAAUUGGUUUCGUUCUUGUUGUUUGAAUAGAGUCUCUUUGAACAUCAUAUGUCUCAGAGGCCCAACAUUCCACAUUCUUCAACAGUAGCCUUCGGCUUACAUUCUCAUCUCCUGGUUUCCAGUGAGAUGAACCCUAAUUCCAAUUGGUCCUAAUUUCAGAUUUCAAAUCCUCUAAAUUCUUUUUUUAUUUCAAUUACAAAUCCAGAAAUCAAAUCUUCAAAUUACCCAUUUAUUUCUUCAAAUUCUAAAUCCAAAAUCAAAUCAAGAUGGGUGUCAAAGGAUUUGUGGAAGGAGGAAUCGCAUCGAUUAUUGCAGGAUGUUCAACGCAUCCCUUAGAUCUUUUGAAAGUUCGUAUGCAACUUAAUGGUGAGAUUCAAACCUCCAAACCAACAGCCGAAUCGGUCCGACCCGCAUUCGCCACAACCACCACCGUUGCGGCUCCGAAAAUCAACGCCACUCUACCACCACCGCCGCCACGUGUGGGUUUGCUAUCGGUAGGGAAGACUAUCGUCCAAGAACAAGGAUUACGGGGUUUAUUCUCCGGUGUAUCAGCAACGGUACUCCGGCAAACACUCUAUUCAACAACUCGGAUGGGUCUAUACGAUAUCAUGAAACAGAAAUGGACUGAUCCAGAAACGGGCAACAUGCCUUUAGUCCGCAAGAUAGGAGCUGGUCUAGUUGCAGGUGGAAUCGGUGCCGCUUGUGGUAACCCGGCUGACGUCGCAAUGGUACGGAUGCAAGCUGAUGGUCGUCUACCUCUGGACCAACGCCGUAAUUACAAGAGCGUUGUCGACGCAAUCACUCGAAUGGCCAAACAAGAAGGAAUUACUUCCCUGUGGAGAGGAUCAUCGCUGACGGUGAAUCGUGCCAUGAUCGUAACGGCAUCUCAAUUAGCGUCGUAUGAUCAAAUCAAGGAAACAAUCUUAGAUAAAGGCAUAAUGAAAGAUGGAUUGGGUACACAUGUAACAGCGAGUUUUGCAGCUGGAUUUGUCGCUUCAGUGGCUUCGAAUCCGGUGGAUGUGAUCAAAACCAGGGUGAUGAAUAUGAAGUACGAACGUGGAGGUGUUCCACCAUAUUCUGGUGCGUUGGAUUGUGCCAUGAAAACUAUCAAGGCUGAGGGUCCUAUGGCUCUUUACAAAGGAUUUAUUCCUACAAUCUCUAGGCAAGGUCCUUUUACUGUUGUCUUGUUUGUUACUCUUGAACAAGUUAGAAAACUCCUCAAAGAUUUCUAAACUCAAUCUUGAUGACGAUCGAGGAUAAUGAAAAAGAAUGAAGAAACAGAGAUGUUCAAGAUUAGGAUGAUGAUGAUGAAAAAUUCCAAUAAUAGGAACUAUAUUAAUUUAUUUAAAUAGAUAUAUGAUAAUUAUUUAAAAAUGUUCUUGAUUUUGGCUAACAAGAGCACGGCAACCGUAGAUGAUGUCGUUGUUGUUGUGGCUUUUGUUUUAAAUUUUUUAAUAAUUGAAAUUUGCAUAAUUUGGUUCCGUUGAUAUUGGAAAAUAAAUUUUUUUAUUAGUGGAAA